AUGACGGUUCGUCAAAAAUGCGAGCAGAGCUCGCCAACACGGGAAAAUGGCGGGGGCUUCGACGAAAUAUCACUCGAGAGGCUUGGGCGUGAGCGACCGCCAUCAUUCUCGGGAGCAUGGCCGGAAGUCGCAUUUUGCUUCUCUAUUAUCAUGUCGCAGAUUCUGGCGGAAUACUACAUAUCAGGAUCUAAUGUCCUCCUUCCGACAUUGAUAGAGGAACUGGACUUUCCCGCUGCGUCUGCCAUCUGGCCCUCGACUUCCUUAUCUUUAGCAGUGACCUCUACUCUCCUCAUCUUCGGCCGACUAACGGACAUGUUCGGCGGCUAUGCGAUUUAUAUUGCCGGCGCCGGAUGGCUCACGAUAUCUUCUAUCCUAUGCGGCGUCUCGCAGUCGUGGCUCAUGCUAGUCAUCUUUCGUGCGCUGCAGGGCCUCGGCCUCGCCGCGUUCCUCCCAUCCGGUGUCAUGAUCCUGGGGAAAACCUAUCGACCAGGCCCGCGAAAGAACUUUGUCUUUAGUCUCUAUGGUGCCUGCGCCGCGCUCGGCUUCUUCAUUGGCAUCUUCUUCUCCGGUCUUUGCAGCCAGUACCUCACGUGGCGGUGGUAUUUCUUCAUUGGCGCCAUUCUCUCCGCCAUCACCACACUGUCUUCAAUCUUAUACAUUCCGCGUGACUUGAAAGAGACGCGAGGGAACGGCGCCACCAUGGAUUGGGCUGGAUGUGCAUUGUCUGUCGCAGGAUCCGUUCUUUUUGUCUUUGCUAUCGCCCAUAGCUCCUAUGCCCCGGAGCAAUGGCGCACGCCAUAUAUCCCCGUCUGUUUCGUGCUCGGUGUUGUAUUCCUAGGGGCUUUUACGUACGUCGAAGGAUGGGUGGUCAAGAAUCCACUUCUUCCUGGUGACAUUUUUGCCGUCAAGUAUAUGAAGCCGCUAGCGAUUGCUCUGCUAUUCCUCUACGGCAGUCUCGGGGUAUUCCUCCUCUACGCCGUCCUAUAUAUGUCCGAGUACAUGGGCGCAACCCCCUUCCAAAUGGUCGCCUGGACGGUACCCAUGGCCGUCGGCGGUCUCAUCCUCUCCUGCAUCGGCGGCCUAAUCUUCCACCUUAUCUCCGGCACAAUCCUGCUAAUGAUCUCCUGUCUCGGAUACCUCGGCUCAGGCCUCUUCUUCGCCGUCGUCCCCCUGGGCGGGAACUACUGGGCGUUCGUCUUCCCGGCCAUGAUCUGCGGCACAAUCGGGAUAGACAUCUCCUUCAACCUAGCGAACAUCUUCAUCACGACGAACAUCGCCAAAGCGAAGCAGGGUAUCGCUGGCGCGCUGAUCAACUGCACUCUUCACAUGGGCAUCGCGGUCAUGCUGGGCUUCGCGGAUAUUGUGCACACUGAGACGGGGUAUCUGGGUGCGAGGGAUAGCUACAAGGCGGUGUUUUGGUUCGAGGUUGGGCUUGCGGCGUGUGGGUUGGUUCUUGUUGCGCUGUUUGUUAGGAUUAAGGAGGCCAAGAGCGAGUUGACGAUUGAGGAGAGGGAGGCGCUUGCUGCGGAGGCGCGGGGCGAGGAUACAGUCCAGGAUGGGGUUUGA